AUUUGUUACCAGAUUUGUUGUGAUGGUCUUGGCAGAAAACUUUUGCCCAAAAAAGGAGGAUUCCAUUUACAAAAGACAGAGAGCAGCAGCACAAUGGGUCCAGCCAAUAAAUCUCAAACAUCUCCUAACACCUUCUUGCUGUUGGGCAUCCCUGGACUAGAGCACCUGCAUGUCUGGAUUGGGAUUCCCUUCUGCUCUUUGUACAUAGUGGCCGUGGUGGGGAAUGUGACCAUCCUGGCCGUGGUGAGGGCAGAGCGAAGCCUCCAUGAGCCCAUGUUCCUCUUUCUGUGCAUGCUGUCAGUCACCGACCUGGUCCUCUCCACAUCUACACUGCCCCGCAUGCUCUGUCUCUUCUGGCUUGAAACCCAUGACAUCGCCUUUGAUGCCUGUUUGGCCCAAAUGUUCUUCAUCCACAGCUUCACUGCCAUGGAAUCAGGCUUCUUUUUGGCCAUGGCCAUUGACCGUUAUGUGGCCAUUUGUCAUCCACUGCACCAUACCACCAUUCUCACCCAUGCUCACAUUGCCAAAAUGGGAGCUUCUGUUGUACUCCGGGGAGUAGUCUUCUUUUCUCCACAUCCCAUCCUGCUCAAACAGUUGCCCUACUGCAGGACCCGAAUAAUUGCCCACACCUACUGUGAGUUCAUGGCUGUGGUGAAGCUCGCCUGUGUGGACACAGGAGCCACUAAGCGUUACAGCCUCAGUGUGGCCUCCGUGAUUGGUUCUUGUGAUGGCUUUUUCAUUGCUGUCUCUUAUGUUCUAAUUCUCCAUGCAGUUUUUCGCCUUCCAUCACGGGAAGCAAGUCUUAAAGCUUUAGGCACAUGUGGCUCUCAUGUUUGUGUAAUCCUUGUUUUCUACUCCACAGCUGUCUUUACCUUCCUCACUCAUCGCUUUGGCCACAAUGUGGCCCCCCAGAUUCAUAUCUUCAUUGCUAAUAUGUACCUUCUAAUCCCACCUUUUCUUAACCCCAUUGUAUAUGGUGUCAGGACAAAGAAAAUUAGAGACUACGUACUUAGUUGUCUGAAGGUAAAGUUUUCCUGAUUAUGUUGAAAUUGUUUGCAGAGAUAGCAUCAAAAUGGGAAAAAAAGAGUGCAAAUAAUUUCUUUCUUUCUCAUAACAGACAUGAUAUUUUCUCCUGCUGAAAACAAAUAUUUUAUCAGAUUUCAAUAAGGAAGUGUGACCACACAUAAUAGGAAUUUCCCAACUGUAAUGGAACUAGUAGGCAUAUUGUAUUUUGUGUGCACCUGAGUUGUAGGGAGCUUACUUCGAACUUCAUGAAUUUGAAAGGGAUCCCCUUCUCCUCCUUACUGGUACUGAGCUCCUGUGGUAUAACUGGAGGUAAUAGUAUAUUUUUCAAUAGGGAAUGAUUCAAAAAGUGAAGAAACUCAUAAGAGCCUCAAAAUAUUCUAAAGGAAGUAUCUACAAUUGAAAAAUUAAUGAUUACUCAAUAUUAUAUACUAAAGUCAAUGUAACAAGGUUCAUGCCCUCUGAAUACAACAAAUACUUGUGUGUUAUUUUCACAAAAAUUGACACAUAAAAAGUUGUUAAAAUAGUAAUGUGGAACAGUUCAAUAUUGCAAUAAUUGAGUCCACAUAUUACUGUAUUACAGUUUUAUGAAUUGCCUUUCUGCUGGUUUUCUUGUUCUCACAAAUCCCUUGUACUCUCUGUUCUGUUUGCAAAGACUCCAACAUUGAGUAAAAUAGUAAGUCUCUUUAUAUCUUCACAGUUUUUCUUAGACUGCUUAUUUUUGUCUAGACACCUUCUUACCUACAAAGAACUUAGUUAUUCUUCAAGGUACAAUAUUUGUUUAAGCUACAUCACCUUAUCAGAAAGUUUAUUUCCUCAAGUAAAACUAACUAAAACCUCUCCCUACCAUCAUGAUAAAGAAAUGUUAUGAUAUAUUGUAGUUAACUCUUAAUAGCCUCUUAUCAAUUAAACUAUUAUUGUUAGAGGUUAAGUGCACUGGCUGUAGAGUCAGUGUGCCUGGAUUCAUCACUUACCUCUACCGCUUACUACCUAUGUAUAUUCAGACAUUUUGGGGGCUUUGUUUUCAUAAUCAAUAAAAUGGGGAUCAUGAGAUUCCCUUCCCUAUAGAAUUUUCAGGAUUAAAUGAGUGAAAGCACAUAAAAAGACACUUAAAAUAGUGCCACACAUUAAGCCUUUAAUAAAUAAACAUUACUUAACUAUAGAUUAUCAUAGUAAGUAUAAUUUUGUAUAUUUACUUUGUGAGACAUAUGUAUGUACAAUGUACACACCCAUAUACACAUAUAUCAUUACCAUAAUCACCAGUGUUAGUCUGAUUUUACAAAUGAGAAAUUUGGACUCAGAUAGAUUAAAUAAUAUCCUUAAUAUCACAUAUUGAUUAAAUGGUGCAGCUCAGGUUUAAAUAAACACAAAGGCACUCAGUCCAUGUAUGAAAACUAUCCUUUAUUUACUUUUUAACACUGAUACCUCUCAGUGUCCUAUAUGUGUUUAAUGAAAGCUUCUAAAGCAAUGAUGAACAAUAAGAUGUUUGAAUUUAUGUGUCAUAUA